GCUUCACUGCUUUUUCUCCUUUCUUGUCCUUCUUUCCUUCCAGCGGCCCCAAUCCUUCCAUUCAUCAUGAGCACCCUUCUACACAACACCGUCGACCGUCUGGACCGGCCGAGUGCCUACUAUGUGGGAAAGAACAAGAGACGCAAGUACAGCCAGGACGAGCCCGAGAAGGUCGAGGAACCCGUCGACAACCUCAAGAAUGCCACCACUCUCUAUGUCGGCAAUCUCUCCUUCUACACCACCGAAGAGCAGAUCCACGAGCUUUUUUCCAAGUGCGGAGAGAUUAAGCGUCUGGUGAUGGGUCUCGACCGGUACAACAAGACCCCUUGCGGGUUUUGCUUCGUGGAGUACUACACCCACCAGGAUGCCCUGGACUGUCUCAAGUACGUCGGAGGGACGAAGUUGGACGAGAGGAUUAUCCGGACCGAUCUGGACCCGGGAUUCGAGGAGGGACGGCAAUACGGACGUGGAAAGUCGGGUGGUCAGGUCCGUGACGAAUACCGAGAAGAGUACGACCCUGGUCGGGGUGGUUAUGGCCGCGCAUACGCCGAGGACCAGCAACGGCGGGAAGAAGAAGACUACGGUGCAGGUAGGUAAGGAGAGCGGAUCGUUGUGGUUGGCGCAAAACGGCGUUUUAUGUACAAUCUAUUUCUAUCGCCUUGGUAGAACAGGGCCCCUCAAGAAAGAAAAAUUUACACCCGAUACCCAAU